AUGGAAAGCUCUAGACAAUCAGUAAUGAUGCACUGCUGUCAAAAAAUUGCGUGCAAAAGUUGCGUUGACGAAUGGUUUUCAAAGAAUCAAACAUGCCCUUACUGUAGAGAAAACUUUAAAGACCCAACAAUCCCUAAAUAUACCGACGUAUCAUGGCUCGAUUGCGUUUCUGAGAUUAUUAAUGUCUAUUCCUUGACUGCAGAUCAAGAAACCAUUUGUCCUCUACAUUCAAAGCAAUACGAAUACAUUUGUCAAGAUUGCAAUCAGUAUAUAUGCGCUGGAUGUCUUUUUGAUAUGAUUACUGGCGCUUCAAAUAAACAUAAAAACCAUAAAUUAAUUUCAAUUCAAGAAGAAUUCUCCAAAAUCAAGCAAAAGAUUAUUCAGAAGAUGCCAGCAAUCGUUCAGUAUUUGGAUAAGUUAAAAGAAUACGCUUUAGAUUUACGUCAAAAUUCACGGGAUUUAAACGGAGACAAAGAUGAAAUAAACGGAGAUAUGGCCGAAAAAUUCAAUGUAAUAAUCAAACUUGUUAAAAACGAGUUUCAGCAAAGGGAUGAAAUUUUAACAAGACUUAAAGCUCUUGGCGCCAAUGCAAUUAAUGAUCUUAAUGAAGAGAUCAAAGCAGCUAAAGCCCAGCUUUCAAAUGGCACUGCAGCAUCAAUUACUGAAGCAUUGAACAAUCUUAAAGCUGUCGAGCGAAAGAACGAAAAAUUCAAGAACAUUGCAAGUACUACUUUACUUAAAAAUCCACUCCUACCCGAUUAUCACACGUUUGAGAUCAGAAUACCCAAUUUCAUCGAAAUUAAAAACAAAUACGAAUUAUUACCACAAGAUGAAGUUAGAUACAUUUAUUCUAAGAAAAUACCAUGCUAUGGCAAUAAAUGGCGUGCUAAAAUCUAUCCAAAUGGAAAUGGAAACGGACUUGGAACUCAUUUAUCAUUUUUUGUUGAACUUCUUUCAGGUCCUGUUGAAUUAACACCAUAUCAAUACAGAGUUGAAGUUAUUCCAACAAACCCAGGUGCUGCACAAAUCUGGAAACAAUAUUCUUCCGAUUAUAUCUCGACAGAUUCUUGGGGAUGGAAUAAAGCUGCUUCUUUGUCUACAAUUACAACUCCUGAUUAUAUAGAUAAGAAUGAAACAUUAACUUUGCAGUUAAGUAUCAGAGCUUGUGCAAGAUAUCAAGAAUGUGCAGACAUGAAAGCUUUGAUUGACAGAAAGAGACAGAAAAUAAAGGCUUUGAAAGAGCUUUUGAAGCGAAAUGAAGUUUCAACAGAUAAAGUCGAAACAGAAGAAGAUGAAGAAGAUGGUGAGUAA